AUGACUGAGACUAGCUUAGAAAAUGGUAGCACAGUCGAUGAGAUUGUCGAUUCCUUAGUAAAGGAGAUUGACAAUGAGUUGAUACAUACAUUAGAAGAUGCAACUAAAUCAGAUAAGGAUGCAAAAAAAGUAUACCAAAUACCUUUGCAAGAUAUCGGUGAGGAAACUAUGGACAUGAUUGUUACGUACAACACUAGGGUUAACAGUGGUUUGAGUAAGAGUUCUUUUAGUUCUUUAGAUGAAGAUCCAGACAUAAAGGAAAACUAUAAUGAUGCCAUUGAAAAUGAGGAUAAACAAUAUAAAGUUAAUUCACAAAGUGUUACAAAGAAUAGUUAUUUACCUGAAAUGCAGAAUUCAAGUUAUAUUGAUUCAGAUAUGGAUAUUAGUGGAGUAGAAUUUUCACCAUUAAAAAGAAAUGAUUUCAUUUCACCAAAAGACCCACAAGCAUCCUCGUUACAGCAACAAAUUAAUGAAGUAGAACAAGAUGAUAAAACAAUACCAAAGGUCAAAAAUAAUUUAGAACUUUCUAAGAGUGGACAGUUUUGUGGCAUUGGGAUCUUAAAUUUACCACCCUUACCUGAAGUCAAGCCAAUGUUCCGAAACAGUUCCUUGGCAAAAAUACUAGACAAUUCUAUAGAUUCUAAUACACAAGAAGUAUCGCAGGAUAUAGAUAUAAGACCCACAAAUUUUCUUUCUGUAUGGCACUUACAAGAAGAAGAAAACAUUGGAACAUCUAUUAUAUCACCGGCUUUAAGUAGCAAUUCCCAAUUCACUAGAUAUACCAGUUCAACGAUGGUCAGUACACCUCCAAUGACUGUAUCCCCUCAAAAUACUGCAACUUUUAAAUUCAAACCACGUAUAGUCAGUCAGAGUAAAAUUUAUUAUCCAAGAAGUAAGACCAAUAGUCGUAUUUCUUCAGGGUGUUAUUCAAUGAUGUCUUCUAAUUCUGUUGGUCAAAGAGACAAUCAAGUUAAUAACCUUAUAAAUUCACCUAUAGGGAACGAAUAUUCAACAGAAAAACAAGGACUAUCAUCUUCUUUUUCUACCCCUUCAGAAGGUGGCAGUACUUCCAGUAAUCUUAAUUUGAAUAUUGAAAUAGAUUUAGGCAUAGAUUUAGAUUUUAAUGACAUAUUGAGCAAACUUGAUCAUUUAGGUGAAGAUUCUUUGAUUAAGGAUCUAAUGAUGGUGUCUGAUCAAGAAGAUGAUCCAGAAGUAGUCCAACAUCCUAUUGAUCAGACAGCUGCUUUGGUAAAAGAAGUUACUCCAGAAUCUAGUAUUUUAGUAGAAAGAAAACAUAUCCCUAGUCCUUUUAAAGUGAAAAAUCAAAUAAAUAAAAAAUUUAUUGAGGAAGCCUCAAUGGUUUCAACAAAACAGGAAGAUCCUAUUGUAUCAGAUGAAAAUAUCAAGACUGAACAUGUCGAAGAACUACGUAUAGUACCCUUAAAGGAUGAUGGUAUCAUAUUUUUAAAAAUUAAUAAUUUAAAAAAUUUUAAGAUUGAUGGAGCCAAGCAAAGGAAUGCCCAAUUUUCACUUGAUGUUAAGCAAGGCAAUAAAUUACUUUUUACUACUAAAUGGACCCCUGUGAAGAAUGAAGCAACUGUUCCUAUUAUGCAAGAUUUUAGUUUUAGAUUAGAUGAAGAGUUUCAAUCAUUUGAGAACAACAAAUUACAAUUCAUAGUCAAAUUAAAAUAUGACCGGAUAACAAAAGAAACAAUUGAGGUUGUUAAGAAAAUACCUCAGGGUAAAAAAUUCCCAUUUGGUAAAACUAAAUAUGUUUAUGAAACAAUGUUUGUUGAUAGACCUGUUGAUAGGGAUCCCUGGUCUAGUGUUACUGAUACACAAGGACGAUUCGCCGCAUGUGAUAUAACGCUGGAUGAAAUGUUACUAAAGGAGAGUAGAUUUAAUAAAAUAGAAAGGGAAUUAAAGUUGAAUCACAGAUUUUCGAAUAUUUCUAUUACACCUUCUACUCUGACACAGCUACAUAUAGAACUUCUAUAUGUGGCUCGUUCUUCGAAUGAUGAAACAAUUCCUGAGCAACUGAAUAAAGUGGAUAAGAUUGUAGGAAAAUAUAAUUAUCAAAAGAAACUCCAUCUUGAAGGUUAUUUAUUACAGGAAGGUGCUGAUGUUUUAUCUGGAUCUAUACAGAAAAGAUAUUUUGAAUUAAACGGUUCUACCCUUGUGGCAUCUCAUGAAUUAACAAAAAAUCCUAUAAUUACUAUUAAUCUUUUAAAUGUGGAGAAGAUAACUAGUUCAUAUGAUGAAGAUAAAGGACAAGGGCAAAGCGAGAGAAAAUUCACCAAUUUGACAGAUAUAAUAUUGUUUGGUGAACAUAUUAGUUUACACUUCUUUGAUGGCGAAAUUGUUACUUUCACUCCAGAUACGAAUGAUGGAAGUAUUCGAGAGUGGUAUAGAACAUUACAAGAAGUGAUUGCUUUAAACGCAAGUCAUCAGCCAUGGGUUAAGUUGAUGUGUAGACAAUAA